AGCCACCGUAAUGUUUGUGGGAAACUGUCUAGAUUAGCUUGCUAUCUGUUGUGCCGGGCUGUAUUUUUAGUUUCUGGGCAAGAGCCGCCGCCUGUUAGAUAUUUAUACCACAAAAGCCGUAUUUUGUUUCUCUUGCUGGAGUUGGAGUUGACACUCAAACGCCAUUUUUGGCGAAAUAAAUCCAUUUAUUUGUGAGGAGGACGGCGUUACACCUUGUUCACGGUAAACCAGUUAAGCUGAGCUAAUUAGCUAGCAGUAGUUCGCUUGUUCGGCGUCUCGCAGGAUGUCGUACAGGAAGACUUUGAAACUUAUUUGCGGGUUCGCUGGAGGCUCGGCCGUCCUCGUGUUCGCGGCCGCGGCCGCCGACUCCCGCGGAUACUUCGGUGAGCAGCGCGGAGAGGCGGCCAGGCGGUGGUCCAGAUUCACCGUCCUUCAAGCUGCGCAGCCGGCGUGGACACCUGCCAGCCACACACCAGCCCCGACUGGACACUCGUGGGACUUCAACUGGGAUAAGAGAGACCCGUCUACACUGACCAAUGGGAAGAAGAAAGAGACUGCAACUGAAGACCCCAGCUCGGAGCAGGACAACGGCAAACCAAAAGCUACCCGCAACAUCCUCCUCAUCAGACACUCCCAGUACAACCUGAGUGGGACCAGCGACAAGGACAGGAUCCUCACUCCAUUAGGCCGGGAGCAGGCUGAGUUGACGGGCAGGCGGUUGGCAGCGUUGGGGCUGAAGUAUGAUGUUCUGGUCCACUCCAGCAUGGCCAGGGCUACAGAGACGGCACAUAUCAUCAGCAAACAUCUCCCAGGUCCAGGAGUGGAGCUGUUGAGCUGUGAUUUGCUGAGAGAGGGCGCACCUAUUGAACCAGUUCCACCUGUCACUCACUGGAAGCCCGAUGCUGUGCAGUACCACGAAGACGGAGCGCGUAUUGAAGCAGCCUUCCGCCGCUACAUCCACCGGGCCGACCCCAAGCAGAAGGAGGACAGCUACGAGAUCAUCGUGUGUCAUGCCAAUGUCAUCCGUUAUUUUGUCUGCAGGGCUCUGCAGUUCCCUCCAGAGGGCUGGUUGCGGAUGGGCUUGAACAACGGCAGCAUCACGUGGCUCACCAUCCGCCCUAGCGGCAGGGUGGCCCUCAGAACUCUGGGAGACUCGGGAUUCAUGCCCCCGGACAAACUAACACGGACCUGAUGGCACACCAUAUCGCAGGUUUCUGGGACUCUUGGUGCCCAGUCAUUUGGUCGCAGGGUCAAAGCUCAGUUUUCUCCUUAAGUGUCUUGAAAAUUACUGUUGUUAUUACUUUGUAAUUGAACUACCAUCAUGUAAUGAGAGACUCUGUGGUUACGUUUACGUCUGUGCCAUAGAACGCCAGCAGAAGUGUUUAACAGCUGCAUAGCAACUCCUCCUGAAUGUAACAGGAUUUUUACACGUGAUUUUUAAACCAAAAUAAAGUUGUAUUUGUAUAGCUGUUGUAAAUGCAACUCUUGCUCUCAGCUUUACAUGUCAUUACAGUAUGCUGAAGUGAGGUUUAUGUGUUGUAUGGUGCAGCUAUAGUAAAUAAAAGAAAAUGACUGCCUCA